GCAGCCGGGGCGGGGCAGCGGGACCCCCGGGUCGCGGUUCCGCGGCUCCCGCUGAAGCCGCCGAGGGCUGGGCCCUGCCCGCCGGGCUGCCCUCGGCCGGCGCUGCCGGAGCUCGGGGACGCGGCCUGCAGUGGCUGCAUCCAUUGGGCUGGGGUGGCGGUGUGUGUUAUCCUCACCUCAGACAGCGUGGAGCACAACGGGGCUGGCAGUGUUCGCUUCAAAACGCUCCUUUAUCGCAAUAUUCGUGAGAACAGCGGCACUUCAGUUAAUUUUGCAUAGAGCAGGCUGGAUAAACUAAUUUGUUAAAAAUCAGUUUAAAGCUCUUCUUUAAACUUCUCCAAGUGACUUUCUGAUAAUCUUUUAUCCUGACCUGGUUGAUGGUAUGGUCUCUGAAAGGGUUGUGAUGACCCAGGGCCUGGCAUGAGUGACCAGCUGGGAAACUGGGGAUGGUGGCUUUUAAAACAAACCAGACAUUUUUAGUGAAGGAACCAUAAGACAGAGAAGCCUGGAAAGACUAAAGCUGCAAGAACAGGAGCACGUUCGAAAAAGGGGGAAAAAAAGAGAGGGGGUUGAAAGUGCUUAUAAAGAAAACCCAAGAGUACAGACCGUUUGAGGAGACAACUUUCUAACUGUGGGGAUCAGUUUGGAAAAAGACGUGGUGAUGAAAAGAAGUUCAAGAGAGAAAAAGGAAAGCUAAGCGCGAGAGGAGAGAAGAGAGGCAGAUAGAUGGAGAUGAGGAACAUCCCCCAAAGCAGCAGGAAGUACCGGCUGAAGAACAGCAGUGGACAGAGAAUAUGCCUGAAUGGGAAGAAAGGAAAUCCCUGCUAGCUCAGAGAAGAGUGGAGUCUGUCAGACUGCUUACAGUGCUGUUAAAUCGUGUGAAAUUGGCAAGUCAAAAAGCGGAUCCUUCACUGGGUGUAAAGAAGGACAAUUCAUUUUCUGAAACAGCAAUUAAAGACAUACAGCAGGAGCUGAUUAACUCCCUUUAUCGUACGCACAAAGAGCUGAAACGUAAGGAGUUUAAGUGCCCGUUAACCCAAAAAGGUAGUGGUUUAUGCUGUGAGGAAGGAGAUGUGAGUAACUUCCAUGCACCUGCUUGUCACUUAGUCAGGACAAUUUUAAAUGAUCCCUCUCCAGCCCCAAGCUCUGACGGACUGCCUGGCAGAGAUGUGGGCACCUCCUCCACCGAAGGCUGCGGGCCUUUGCUGAUCACGGUUACCCAGCACGGCAGGGUCAUCGAACCUCUCCCUGGAAGGCACCACCCACCACUGGAUGUAGUUCACACACAGACAUUGUCUGAGGAAGAUGAUUGCAGAAAGCAAAAGGUUUAUGAGACUGAUGAAUUCAUCCAUUAUUUAUUAAACUACUAUCAGACACCACGUUAUGCACGUGUUUGCUUAGAGCCAAAAACCAUUGCGAACAAGUCCCGGUGGAAGCGAGUGGUGUCUGAUGAUGGUAGUGGGUUUGACACCAGCUUGAGUAACAAACAUGGUCAGCAUUUCAGAGACUUGAGUCCUGUACAAAACCUCCACAAGAGAAAUUGUAGUAGUGAUAGUAAUUAUAGGCUGGUGAUCACUCUUGGGGAGCUUGAGUCAACAGACAAAGUGUUAGAAAGCAAGGUCCAUGGGGGCAAGCUUGCAAAAAAGCUGCAGGUGCAGAGGAAUGACUCACUCACUGUUGAUCAUGUACCACAUGCUGGACUGAAUCAUUCUUUGGAGUUCACUACUGUUACUCAUAAUGAGGAAUUCAAACAAGAAGAUGGUAGAGAUGAAGGCACUGUACCAUAUGGAACAUGUAGAUCUGCUUGCAGAUUAAAGGAUUUGUUGGAAGAGAUCAGUGAUUCUGAGUACCUUAGAGAGGCAUGUGGCGGCUCAGUGAAGAGAGCAGAAAGAAGGUAUGAAGAAAUUUACAGCAGUUGUAAUAAAGGGUACUUGUCUGCAAGAGCCGGGGAAAGAAAAUUACUGGUUUUCCAUAAAAAUGUAGCUCUGGAAGGUCAAGAGAAGGAAAUCAGCCAAUGUAGCUCCUGUUCUAAUUCUGUCCAUGAGGGCUUGGCAAGGCAGUGUGAACGUAAACUUAAAAAGUCAUGCAAGAGGUCUAGUAGUAAAUUAAGAUAUGAAGGAAAGAAAAGUGAGAGACAAUCCAGGGAAAAGGAGAAAAGUGCUCAUAAAAUGAAGAAAAAGCGAAAAAAGCUUUCUUCUAAUCUUUUAUCUGAUGAAUGUGGCUUUUCAGAGACGGACAGUUGCAUGCAGCUGGAGUCGCUCAGAAAGAUACAGAGAAAAUGUAAGAAAAUGUUGCACAAAAAAGUGAAAUUCAAGACACAUCACAUCUCUAUGGCAGCACCAGAUGUUACCCCUCAUGACAGCUCACCCCUUCAGGAGACCCUCCAGAGGAGAGGUGAGAGAGGGACAGCACAGCUAAGGGGACUGAAUUUGACAGGUCUGUGGCAGGAGAUGAGAGGAAAUUAAUGUUCAGAAGAGAGAUGGAUGCAGAUGCCAGAGGAUGCCCUCUAUUUCCUCUUGAAAUAAUUCAGACAAACCCCUUCUCAGAUACUUUCUGUGGAGGAGAGCCCAGAAGAGGAUGCUGAACAGUUACUGUAUUAUAACUCUGAAGUUUUUGUAAAGUAGUGGGAGAAGAAAGCCCUUUGAUCAUUAAAAGGUAUAUGAACUACUGGGUUGAUUUUUGAUUUUUUUUUCUUGCUUACGUAAUUCCUUUGGUUAGAAUAUCUAACUCAUGUAGUUUGGCACAGAAGCAGAAUCUGUGUUUGCCUUUUGAAUAACAGGACCAAAAUUUUCCCCAGAGCCAGAACAAACUUCCAUGGACUAGUGGCUAAAGAACUUGAAAGGGCACAGACUGAGAUCUUGGAGCAUUACACUUUGAUUGAAUGCAGAGAAUCAUGUAAACUAUAACAUUUACAAAUAAUGAGUAAUUGGGAAAGAACCUAAUUGUCAGUCCUAGAGCAAGCAUAUGAAGUGCCUCCUCUGUCAGAUUGUUAUAUUGAUGGGACUGGAAGGUGUGGGGGACAUUGAUACUCAAUUUUGAGAAGUAAUAGAUUUCCAAAUGUGAAAAAAGUCCCAUCUUCUGUAAAACCCACACUAGAAGAAUCCUUGUUUUCUAUUCACAAUUCUAGAAGUGUUUCUGAAAACUUGCUGGCUUUUGGGAGGAUUUCACUGAACUUUUGCUCAGUGUAGUGCUUCCAGGAAUCUGAAUGGUUGUCUAAAGCAAAGCUCUGAGUGUUAGAUAAUGAAAGGGCAGUGCAUCUCAGCCUGCUGACAGUCCCCAUGUAAAUGCAGGUUGACAGUUCACAAGAUUUUGAAGGCACAUAUAGUGAGGUAGCUGUUUAGUAUGAAUUUGCCUACAAAUGCUUUCCAGAGGAAUUGUGAAAUGUUGUCAGAGUUGUGCUGCAUGUAGAUAAAAAUGGGAAAAUGCAGUCUAGGAGCUUGAAUUAUAUCCAUAUUUAUUCAUCUGGCUAUAUCUAGAAGACAGCCACAAUUGCUUCUGGACAAAGUCCCUUAGCAAGGUACAGAGUUUGAAGUUCAGUACACUGAUUAUUACAGCUUUCAUUUUAUUAUGCUUUAUUUAUUACAUGUCAGUAGAUGAAGUUAAUGUGAAAAUGUUGCCUUCAUUAGAUAAGAUCUUACCCAUGUUUGUAACUUCUGCUCUAAUAAAUAGUAAGAAAAAAAAGAGUAAUUGUUUGUGGUAGAUAGGUUUUCCCCCAGUCUUCAAUACUGGUGAUUCCUCUAGGUUUUAUCAGUCUUUCUGUUCAUAUGUUUAGACAUUGAGUGCCUUUUCAGGGUCAUGAAUGACAAAUGGUUGUUACUCAAAGUACUGUUAAUCUAUUACUUUUAUCUAAAAAUGUUAUUUUCCUGACAGAAAUAUUUUCUGACUAUUUUGGAGAACAUUUAUGCCCCUCUUAAGUCUCCCCUUUAGUAUUUUAUACAGUUAUAAUGAAGAGGGACUAUUGUAUUUGGUGACUGUGUAAAAUGUUUUCAGUUGCACUGAUGUGACAUACCAAGGGUGUUUUUUCUCUAUGCAAUAUUUGCAGAUUAAAGAUAAAAAACUUCCCUCUGUCAAUCUAUACAGUUUUGUGUCCAUGAGUACCCAUUUCCCAUGAGACAGGCCUUUUGGUGACAGGUGAGGAAAUACUGCUUUUUGUUAAUCUGGGGGAAAAGGAACUAAAGAUUUCCUUCAGUGUAAAUUUCCAGUUUUUAUCAACAUGCUGUCACAAUAACCAGUAACAAAUAAAUACUCCAUUUCUGUAA